AUGAAGCUCACCUUCAAGGACCUCAAGCAGCAAAAGUUUGUCAUCGAGGCAGAGCCCUCUGAGACGAUCGCCGACGUCAAGGCCAAGAUCUCCGCCGAGAAGGGCUGGGAAGCAGACAAGCAGAAGCUGAUCUACUCGGGCAAGAUCCUCCAGGAUGACAAGUCGGUGGAAUCGUACAACAUUGAGGAGAAGGGGUUCAUUGUUUGCAUGAUCCAGAAGCCGAAGCCCCAGCCCACCGCAUCCGCCAGCAAGGCCGCUCCAUCUACCCCGACUCGCGAGCCCGCUCAGGCCUCGACUCCGCCCGCUGCUCCUGCGCAGUCCUCGGCUCCCGCAUCUAAUGUCCCCGCUACCCCCUCCCCCGCGCCCGCUGCGCCCCAGGCUGCUGGUGAGCCGCAGUUCAAUAACCCUUCAUCCUUGACCAUGGGUCCCGAGAGAGAGGCGGCAAUUGCGAACAUGGAGAGCAUGGGUUUCCCGCGCGCAGACAUCGAUCGCGCCAUGAGGGCGGCGUACUUCAACCCUGACCGUGCUGUCGAGUACUUGUUGACCGGAAUCCCCGAGAGCGCCCUGCGUGAUGCUCCGGCCCAGCAGGGUGGCGCUCCCGCACCCGCUGCGGGCGCGGGCGCAGGUGCACAGGCCGCCGCUCCCCAAGCCGCCUCCAGCGGAGAAGAGCCCGUCAACCUUUUUGAGGCCGCCGCGGGCGCAGGUGGUCGCGGAGGGGCUGGCGCGCGGGGAGCUGCAGGCGCUGGCGCUGGUGCCGGUGCCGGUGCCGGUGCAGGAGCUGCUGCUGCUGCCGCCGCCGCCGCCGCGGGUGCUGGUGCUGGUGACCUCGACUUCCUUCGCAACAACCCUCAGUUCCAGCAGCUCCGCCAGCUUGUGCAACAACAACCUCACAUGCUCGAGCCCAUCCUGCAGCAGGUUGGCCAGGGUAACCCUGGUCUGGCCCAGCUGAUCGCGGACCACCCUGAGCAGUUCCUCAGCCUCCUGAGCGAGGAUCACGACGACGACACCCCUCUCCCGCCGGGUGCGCAGGUUGUCAGCAUCACGGAGGAGGAGAGCGAGGCGAUCGACAGGUUGUGCCGCCUUGGGUUCGAGAGGGAUCUUGUGGUGCAGGCCUACUUCGCGUGCGACAAGAACGAGGAGCUGGCGGCAAAUUUCCUGUUCGACCAGCCGGAGGACGACGACCAGCAGUAG